GCAGAGCCAGUCUCCCUUAGCUUCCAUGUCACUGCAGAGUGUCUCUAGAGAGCUCUGGGGCCACAGCAUGCUCACAACAGGAGGUCAAGGUAAUUUCAGAAUUCAGGCACUGCCCGCGUUCCUGAAUGGUAAGCACCACUGCAAAUCCCGCCAAAAGCUUUAUCAAACAUUGCUGCCUCUCGAUGAACGCCCCGGUGGACUUCCCUCUCACUCUGGCACACGCCCCACGCCCGUCCCACCACCAGGAGCUGUGCUGCAUCCUCUCUCCCUGGGUCUUCAGGCAUCCCCGACGCCUCCGCGCUCCCAGGAGACUGAAAUCGCUAGAAAUGCAAAUUUAAUCACAAUGAAGCAAAAAAAGCAAAACGAGUUCCGAUUUGCUGCCAGAGAACCUGAAAAGCAAAGAGGGAGGCAGAAAGCUGUGCUGGCUACCGGCAGGAUCUCCAGUAGAGGAAGCCAAUUGUGGAAACAGGAAACGUGCAGAUCACAGACAAACACCCUGGCAGUCUUCUGCAGAACUUUGAGAAACAUCUGGGAAUGCAGUGUCCUCUCAGUGCAUACACACAUAGGUCUAUGGCAACUAUCUACUGAAUACCAUUCAGGCAAAUCAAGUGUUCAUAACCCUUUUCUUGUAACUGGUAAUCUAAUCUAAUUUCAUCAACAUAACUAACCAUAAUCGCUUUUAAGUGGUUACUCUGUGAUCUCAGUAAACACAAUUGUAUAAAUAACCACUCCGGAAAUUAUAUGGGGGGUGAAUUAUUUAUUAAAAGUGGCAAGAAUAAAUACUUGCUAUGAUUAUGGGAGGAUGUGGUAUCAGUGCAGCUGUCCCUCUUCGUCUGCCUUGUGGCAAAACGAUGAGUAUAAAGCCCAGUCACAGCUGAGGGAUGAUGUAAAUGGAAUCCUAUAUGUUCAAUUGUGAUAAAUAUCUUUUUUCUGAGUGCCUGUUUACUGAGAACACAUUUCUCUUUUUCUCUGACCAUCUGAUAACACUCUGAAAAGAUAGCAUUGCACAAAUCAGUCCACAGUAAUUAAACAGGAAUAAAACUAUUGCAAAUGACUGAUUAUAAAAAUGCAGCAAUGUCAAAUUUGCUUGAUUUGCCACUGUUUGGACAGGCAGAUACA